AUGAGGGUACACAGAGACCCCAGCCUGCUCACUGUCAAGCCGAAGAACUUAGUCCGACAGUGGAUGACUCCGCUUCCUGGCCUGGACCUUCGACCCCACAUGCCGUCCACUUUUGUUAGAUCGGAUAGUUUCAUGAAGGACGUGAAAGAUGCCAUGCUGAAAGGAGACACAGAUGCGCUUCUGGAUCUCUAUGUCAUUCACUACAUGACCAAGCAUCGAUUAAACGAUAGACAUGACGCCCAAAACAUAAUCAAACUGAGACGGGAGCUCGAAACUUCGAAAGCAAUGAUUUUUUUCUUCAGGAGUUCUCCACGACAAGGAUCUCUGAUGAAUCUUUUAUCACUGAAUAAAGAUACAGCAGCAAUGCAAAUCUUAGUAAUCACAUAUGAUCUAUCUUGA